AUGUGCGACCUUUUUUACAAGAAGUAUGGGAAAGAUUUCGUUGCUGCUGCAGUUGACAUAUGCCCAAAUGUUUGUGUAUUUCAUUUAUUUUUCUGCAAAGCCAUUUGUUGUCACUACUGCAUGUAUUUUAUGGUCACUAUUGAAAUCAACGAUGUCCUUCUGAAGGUAAUUGAGAAGUUGUCAGUCAAUAAGCCGUGUAGGCAAUUUAAGUUGGAAGUUCUUAAGGAUAUAGCAAAGGAGCAUCAGAUAGAUUGGGAUAGGAGCGAGGCUGAGCAGGAACUUCUUAAACCUGCUGAAGAGCUGAUUUAUGUAAUACUAAAACUGCAAUGCCACAUACUUUUGUUUUACAUUGUGUAUAGUCUUUGA